GCCACACCCUUCCCAGGGCUUGUUGACACUUGGGUGUGGCGCACACUCACAUCCCAGGCUGCCCAGUGACACCAGCACCUCAGCAAGACGGGGAGCAGCACAGAAGGGCACACAGCAGCUCUCGGUGGGCACGUCGGAAAUGCAGAAGGACCAAGUGUGUGCAGACAAGAUGGCCGGGGUCCUGUCCUUAGGACCAGAAGCAGGUCUGACUGAGCACGUGUGUCCACACUGCGAGGGACACCUCUAACAGCAGAACUCCCAGAAUGCGGUGCUUUGGGCCCUAGGACGAUUGGUGCCCGGAGCCGUGCACUGUUUUCGGUGACGUCUGUGAUCGGCCAUGUCCAUAGAAGCAUCCCAGAAGGUGGAGUGGACGUGAAACAUGGAGGCAAUCUGCACUCGGGCACAAGUGAACAUCCGGACCAAUGUCUGAGGGCCUCGAGACCUUAACAUGACGCAGCAGCCAGGGUAGUGAUGGUUGGUCAUGGAGAAUAAGCAGGAAAUUUGUCCCAAAGGGGACGGGGAUUUUGUUUCCAACAAGAUAAAUUUCAAAAUAGAGGAGGAGGAUGGUGAUCAAAUCCCUAGCCACAGUUUGGAGAGAAUGGACUUCCAAAGUGAGCAGGAGGACAUGAGGCCGACCGACAGCGGGGACGAGCAGGCGGACGUCGGGACCGCGGGCUGCGCCUGCCGGCCCCCCAGGAAGUGCCUGCCCACGGAGAGCGAGGACGAGUACCUGUUCUCCCAGUACAGCAGCACCCUGUACAACGUGGCCAUGGAGGCGGUGACGCAGAGCCUCCUCUCCAGCCGGCACCUGAGCUCCAGGAAGAAGUCUCCAGCCUGGAAGCACUUCUUUAUCUCCCCCCGAGACAGCACUAAAGCCAUCUGCAGGUACUGCAUGAAGGAGUUUAGCAGGGGCAAGAACGAAAAGGACCUGAGCACCAGCUGCCUCAUGCGGCACGUGAGGCGUGCGCACCCCACCAAGCUGGCACCUGAGAACGGGAGCCUGGCCGGGGGGUCCUUGUCCGCCCCCUCCCUCCUGCUCCCCCCGCAGCCCGCAGACACAGGCGACCUGGGCGCCACGCUGUGCCCCGUCAGUCUUGUCCCGGACAUGGCACCUAAGAUCCCAUCCCCUGACCGGAUAAAGGAGGAGUCUGUACCCGCGGUGCCCUCAGAAGCAGGUGCGGGUAAGUUUGGCAGAGAAGAGGCCCUAGCAGGGUCCUCCCCACGCCUGCCUUCACUGCACUACGACGAGGCCGCCUCAGACAGCAUGGCCGAGCGGAGCCUCCCACUUCCCAGGAGCACAGCCGGCUCCCGGCGCAGGUCGGCCGUGUGGAAGCACUUCUACCUGUCGCCCCUCGACAGCUCCAAGGCCGUGUGUGUGCACUGCAUGAACGAGUUCAGCAGGGGCAAGAACGGCAAGGACCUGGGCACCAGCUGCCUCAUCAGGCACAUGUGGCGGGCGCACCGAGCCGUGGUGCUGCAGGAGAAUGGGGGUGGCCCAGGCAUCCCGCCCCUGUACCCCACGCCCCCCACACUGCUGCCUACCUUGCUGCCCCCUGAGGGCGACCCCAGCUCCGUGCCGUCCUCCCCAGGAAAGCCCACGGGUGAGUGCCCAUCUGCCACCUCAUCCCCAGACCAGCUGGCCGAGGACCUGCCGCUGCACGCCCAUCCUGGGGACACACUCCAGGAAGACUCGUCCGUGCCGUCGUCCUCUGACGAAGUCGCCGAGGCCUCAGCUGUGUCCUCCCCUGAGAAGCCGCACACUGGCGGGCUGAGUCCCAGGAGGUCUGAGUCAGGGGCCAUCUUCCAGCAGAAUAAAAAGGCCAUGAGGAGACUGAAGUCAGAAGUCUGGCACCACUUCUCGCUGGCCCCCACAGACAACCUCAAGGCCGUGUGCCGCUACUGCAGCUGUGCCAUCAGCCGGGGCCGGAAGGGGGACGUGGGCACCAGCUGUCUGAUGCGGCAUCUGUACCGGCGCCACCCUGAGGUGGUCGGCGUGCAGAAGGACCUCCUGGGCGCCAGUCUGGCCAACUCUCCAUACGCCACUCUGGCUUCUGCCGAGAACCCCUCCUCCACGCUGAGUGUCCUGCCAGCCACGGUCAGGAAGAACCACCAGGUCCUGCUCCCUGUCCACAGCAAGAAGACCUCGAAGCUGUGGAACCACUUCUCCAUCUGCUCCGCAGACUCCACCAAAGUGGUGUGCCUGCACUGCGGCCGCACCAUCAGCCGGGGCAAGAAGCCCACCAACCUGGGCACCAGCUGCCUCUUGCGACACCUGCAGCGGUUCCACGGCCACGUGCUCAAGACCGACACCCCAGAGCCCGCACUGCCCUGCUUGGCAGCUGAGCGCGGGCCGCUGCACUCUGAGCUGUCAGGAGCUCCCUCCUUCGAUGACCCCAGUGAGAAGCUUUACGACUCUCACCCAGUUGCCAAAAAAAUCACAAGUCUCAUAGCUGAAAUGAUUGCACUUGACCUCCAGCCAUACUCUUUCGUAGACAAUGUUGGCUUCAACAGGCUGCUCGAAUACUUGAAACCUCAGUACUCCCUCCCCUCCCCCUCCUACUUCUCCAGGACAGCUAUCCCAGGUAUGUAUGACAAUGUGAAGCAGAUCAUCAUGUCACAGCUGAAGGAAGCGGAGAGUGGGGUGGUCCACUUCACCUCCGGCAUCUGGAUGAGCAACCAGACCCGCGAGUACCUGACCCUCACUGCGCACUGGGUCACCUUCGCGUCCUCCGUACGCCCGCACUGCGAGGACCACCACUGCUCCGCCCUCUUGGACGUGUCGCAGGUGGACUGCGACUACAGCGGCAACGGCAUCCAGAAGCAGCUGGAGUGCUGGUGGGAGGCCUGGGUGACCUCCCUCGGCCUCCAGGUUGGCAUCACAGUCACGGACAACCCGAGCAUCGGCAAGACGCUGAGCGAGGCGGAGCACUCGAGCGUGCAGUGCUUCAGCCACACAGUGAACCUGAUUGUGAACGAGGCCAUCAAGAGCCAGAGGAUGGUGCAGAACCUGCUGAGCCUGGCGCGGAAGCUGUGCGAGCGCGUGCAGCGGUCUCCCCGGGCGCGGGAGAAGCUGGCGGAGCUGCAGCGGGAGUACGAGCUGCCGCCGCACGCGCUCAUCCAGGACGUGCCGUCCCGGUGGAACACGUCCUUGCACAUGCUCGAGCGGCUGCUGGAGCAGAAGAGGGCCAUCAAUGAGAUGUCGAUCGAGUGCAACUUCCGGGAGCUCAUCAGCUGCGACCAGUGGGAGGUUAUGCAGUCUGUGUGCCACGCACUGAGGCCCUUUGACGCCGCCAGCCGGGAGAUGAACACCCCCGUGUCCACGCUGAGCCAGGUCAUCCCCAUGAUCCACAUCCUCAGCAGGAAGGUGGAGAUGCUGUUCGGGGAGACCAUGGGCAUCGACACCAUGCUGAAGUCACUGAAGGAAGCCAUGGCCAGCCGCCUGGCCGCCACCCUCCACGACCCCAGGUACGUGUUCGCCACACUGCUGGACCCUCGCUACAAGGCCUCCCUGUUCACGGAGGAGGAGGCAGAGCAGUACAGGCAGGACUUAAUCAGGGAGCUAGAACUACUGAAUUCUACCUCAGAGGACGCAGCCGCCUCCCACGGCUGUGACUCAGGGUCCCUGCCGAGAGCCUCAGGCGGGGAGGACCUGUGGUCGCUGGUGGCGGAGGUGAAGAGGAGAGGGGGCAGGGAGAAGCCGCCCCAGGACACGGUGCUCGCCUACCUGGAGGAGGAGGUGCUAGAGCACGGCUGCGACCCACUCGCCUACUGGAGCUUGAAGCGCUCGGCCUGGCCCACACUGUCCACGCUGGCUGUCCGGUUCCUGGGCUGCCCCCCGAGCACGGUGACCUCCGAGAAGCUGUUCAGCACCCACACGGAGAACGGCAGCUUUGGCCAGCCCAGGCUCAUGAUGGAGCAUUUUGAAAAACUCAUCUUUUUAAAAGUGAACCUGCCCUUGAUAUACUUUCAGUAUUGAACCCACCACAGAGCCGGAGCUGCAGACUAAAGGUGCUCCUCGUAGCGCGCUGUUGUACCAGGGCUGUGACCCACCCGGCGGGGCCAUGUGGGACGCCGGGCCGGGCCUCGGGGGCCCCCCACCAGCUCUCACAUCUCGUCCACGUGUGCCUUACUCCUCCUGCAGCCAGGUGUCGCCGAGCGUUUUCAGAAGUCCACUGGCAACAGCCUCUCUUCAGCGAUGAAAUAGGAUGAUCAGGUUUUAAUUCAUAACUGUAAAGUUUUUUAAAAGUUAGGGGUUAGUGAUUUGUUUUACUAGAAUGGAAAGAAGACAUAAACAGUUUUAUUUUGCAGGUUUUUUAUUCAAUUGUGUAAAAACCACAAAUCAGGUACUGUAUUUUAGUUAAACAUUGCUUUAAUGCAACAGAACAGCUUUCGUGGCUGUCCAAGGAAAGGUGUGAACAGGAGGGGGAGUCCAAGCCAUCCUGACCAAGCAGUUCUCAGCUGUAGCUGUAAGUGUCGAGCAGAGAGAAUAUUCUGGAAGCUGACUCCACUCUGACAGGGACACGGCGUCCGAAAUGAAACUGAAGCGAGGUGUCACAGAGUGUCAGUCAUCUGAUCACCAGAACGUUCGGUUCCAUUCCGGGUUUUGUAUUCAGGUUUUUCACGUAGUCAGUUAACUCAGAGGUACCCCAACUCUGUAUCAUGAGCUCCUCGAAAUUGGAUCCAAGUUUGUAAAUUUGUGCUUAUGAUUUAGCCAGUGCAUUAAUCGAGACACUCACAGCAGACAACCCGCUGAUCCCAUCCCCACAUGGCUUGUUCAGCGCCACACUCUGAAGCCAUCCCUUUCCUGUGUGCACUGACCCCCAGUUUGAGCAGUUACGGCUGAGAUCCCUUUUAGAGGAUAUGGCUUCUUAAAACAGGGAAGGUGCUGGUCGUACUGCAGUUGUGAAAAUAGCCUUAGGCAUUUAGAUUGCUUAUGAUAAGGAAGAUCCAGCCAUCACUUGGGUGUCUAGAAUCCCAGUGACAUCAGAAUGAAAUAUCAGUUGUCGUAUUCUUUUACAAAUCAAUAUGUCCUCAAAGUUUUUGUGUUAACAUCUGAAAAAGGAUGCAUUUUCUCAUUUCAAUCAAUUUAAUAUUGAUCUUUUAGAAAGGUUGUCAUUUUGUUAAAAUAUUGUACCUAUACUUAAUCUAAAUUUGCGUGGACUAUGCUUUAGUGUAUUUAUAAAUGGUGAACCCAGUUUCUGAAAUUAAAUUUUUUAUUUGCAAUUUUCUA